AUGGUAUGCGUAACGUGUACGAUAUGCCUGGAAGAUAAUCUUGCUGUGAGUGCUCUGCGCAAUCUGCCUUGCGGCCACGCGUUCUGUGAACCUUGCAUCAUCGGACACAUCGAUGCCACCAAAAGAAAGCGCGGUCCGCAGCCGAGCUGUCCGCAAUGUCGUACCGGGCCAAUAUCUAAGAAGGAUUUACGACCAGUCUUCAUUCAAUUCGCGGACGGGUCGAGCGCUUCGCAACUGCCUCCCGGAGAAGAUGCCAAUGACGGAGAUGCCGCCAACGAUGCGCUAAGAAAACAGCUACGACAUGUCAAGAAAGGUCUGGAUAGACUCGGACCGGAGGCGCCGGUAACGAGCGUAGAGACGGCGGCGGAGAAGAUCGAGACGUUUCGGGAGGUCGAUGAUGUUGCGGUUCUGGGUCAACUAGUCGGGGUGGUUGCAUCUUGGUUCAAUACUAAAGGCGUCGAGGUGUAUACCGAAGUUCUGGAUCUACGGGAACGUAUCAGCGAGAUACAGGCUACUCAAGAGAGUGCCGCCCUUGCACACCAAGUGGAACUGGAUAAACGGGCCAAGAUGAUCAGCCGACUUGAGGAUGAUAACGCGCGACUACAUAACCGUUUGGGUGGUGUCGAGGAGCGAGAGGCGGCGGCACGUGCUCAAGCUGGCGACUUGGCGAGGGUACGACGGGAGUGUGAGGAGCUGCGGAAGAGGGUGAUGGAGUUGACGAGGAACAGAGACUCGUUGAGUGCAAUGCUGGAUCAGAACAAGGAGAAGCUGCUCACGAUCUCGGCAAGAAACAAGAAAUACAAGGCCGAAGCGCAACAACUUCGUGUACAGGUCACAGACUUGCAGGAGAAGAUUGCUGUUCAAGAUGACGCACGCUCUGUCGCUGUCUACGAAAAUGAGCCAGAAAGCUUGGUGGUGGGCGACUACAGCGUGUAUCAUAACGACUACGAAGAGUCACCGCAUCUCCAGAAGCGGCGUAAACUAGACGACCUUGACAUCAACUCGUCGCCUCCCCGCGGCUCGUCUUCAUCACCGCCUCGCGCUAAACUGAGGUUCCCACAUGUCCCUUCAAGUCCAGUCGCAGAGCUCUAUGGGAACAGCUUUAGGUCAGACUGGGCAGCCACCUCGCAUCAAACUACCAAGAAGCUGCGCAUGCAGGAGUCCCCGAAGAAGACCUUGCCUUUCCCCGGCAUCAGUACUAAUGGACGUCCGACGGCGAAGGCCAACUUGGUUCUUGGCACCCGUAUGAGGAUGAGCAAGAACAGCUGA